AUGGACAGAGCGGCGCUCCUGGGACUGUCCCGCCUGUGCGCGCUGUGGGCAGCCCUGCUCGCGCUCUUCCCCUGCGGAGCCCAGGAAAACUGGAUGUGGCUGGGCAUCGCCUCCUUUGGGGUCCCGGAGAAGCUGGGCUGCGCCAACCUGCCGCUGAACAGCCGCCAGAAGGAGCUGUGCAGGAGGAAGCCGUACCUGCUGCCGAGCAUCGGCGAGGGCGCGCGGCUGGGCAUUCAGGAGUGCAGGAGCCAGUUCAGACACGAGAGAUGGAACUGCCUGGUCACCGCCGCCGCCCAGCCGGGCGCCAGCCCCCUCUUUGGCUACGAGCUGAACAGCGGCACCAAGGAAACAGCAUUUAUUUAUGCCGUGAUGGCUGCAGGCCUGGUGCAUUCUGUGACCAGGUCAUGCAGUGCAGGCAACAUGACCGAGUGCUCCUGUGACACCACCUUGCAGAAUGGCGGCUCAGCUAGUGAAGGCUGGCACUGGGGGGGCUGCUCCGAUGAUGUCCAGUAUGGCAUGUGGUUCAGCAGAAAGUUUCUAGACUCCCCCAUCAGAAACACCACAGGAAAAGAAAGCAAAGUACUGUUAGCAAUGCACCUACACAACAAUGAAGCCGGAAGGCAGGCUGUUGCCAAGUUGAUGUCAGUAGACUGCCGCUGCCACGGAGUGUCCGGCUCUUGCGCUGUGAAAACGUGCUGGAAAACCAUGUCUUCUUUUGAAAAGAUUGGCCAUUUGUUGAAGGAUAAAUAUGAAAACAGUGUCCAAAUCUCAGAGAAAAUAAAGAGGAAAAUACGCAGGAGAGAAAAAGACCAGAGGAAAAUACCCAUCCGCAAAGAUGAUCUGCUCUACAUUAAUAAGUCUCCCAAUUACUGUGUAGAGGAUAAGAAACUAGGGAUCCCAGGAACGCAAGGCAGAGAGUGCAACCGCACGUCAGAGGGCGCGGACGGCUGCAACCUCCUUUGCUGUGGCCGCGGCUACAACACGCACGUGGUCAGGCACGUGGAGAGGUGCGAGUGCAAGUUCAUCUGGUGCUGCUACGUCCGCUGCAGGAGAUGCGAAAGCAUGACUGACGUACACACUUGCAAGUAGCCCCUCCCUCCAGCCCUGAGCGACACUCCUCAGUGACCAACAAAGGAGUGUCAUCCGGAGGGUCCCUCCACCAGUGCAGGGCUGGUGAAGCCGCCUCCUGCCCCAGGAGUCCUGGGCCCUUGCGCCUCUGGCAGAGCCCCCUCUACCUGAUGGAUAUCCAAUCACACACUGAGCACGUGGAUUUUUUGGGAUGCCAGAGUUGACAAGGUUUGGGUUCAUCCUUUGGUGGUCUGGAAAUACAUACUGAUCUACCAGGAAGAUCAUCCGUCUCCUAAACAAGAAAGAACAGGAAGGAGCCUUCAUGUGGGGAGACUAGGUCCAUGCUCAGGAUGAGAUCCUUGAGUAUGGAACUCAGCUAUGGAGCUCAAUAGUGAAGUUUCUACUUUAAAAUCCCAGCUCUGAAAUAAUGGAGAAGAGAGGGAUCUUGAAAGCACAUGGGAAAAUUAAAGGGAAUGGAGAGAGCCACACUGGAAAACUUCUCUCUGAUCCACAGCAGCUAGAUAAAACUCCUUUCUUCCAAGAACGAAAUGUGACAAAGUUGAACUAUAAAAUCAACCUGUCUCUCCACUUAGAAAAGGGAAGAUGCCCUGCUAAAAUCAUGUAAGGGCCCCGCCUACACCGACUUUACCCCAAAGACUCAACGGAGGGGGCGGUAACUGAACUGGACAGCCACACACACUACAUCCUGAUGACAAAAGUAUUGCAACACGGUUCACCUCCACCAUAAGGGCUCCACAGCAUACAACUCCUCCAACCAGUGUGAAUCAGCUAGACCUCAGGUUCCUUCCUCUUCAGCUGUUUGAGGUAUCGGGUUUCGGAAAUAUUUCAGUUGAUCAGCAAGCUUUUUAACCAUGUUUUCUGUAAAUACUUCAGGUGAUUAAAGACUAA